ACGAUGUUAUAAAGCCAUCUCAAAAGGCAGUCUCUCUCGCAUUGACACUGCCACAACACGCGGCGAAGCGGACGCUCACAGACCCGACACUUCUCUCUCUACUUUUCUUCGCGCUCUGAUAUUGUUUGUUCCUUUCUCACUUACUACUCUCUAUCCCUCUCGUUUUUUUCUUCCUCUUCGUCUUCUACCAACAACGCUAAUCUGUUUUGGCCCUUUUCAGUUCGUUUUAGUAUCUCAAUUUGUUCUCACUUCUCUCUCACUUUCUCUACAAAUUUCUCUCUCUUUACGAGGAACCAAACAGUGCGUUUCAGUUUCACUUUCUGCUUCAGAAUAACGAAAGGACUGGUAGAGAUCAUCAUCCUGGUCGAGAAGAUGAAAAUGGGAUCAAAUCUGCAGAGCUUUCUCCAUUCUGCAACACCAAAUGUACCUUCAAAACGCAUUCCUCAGAGAUGUAACCUGGUUGGUAAAGAUACAAUUGAAUAUUUCACACUGGGAGACCUCUGGGAUUGCUAUAAAGAAUGGAGUGCAUUUGGUGUUGGCACUCCAGUGGUGUUGAACAAUGGCGAGGACGUGGUGCAGUACUACGCUCCUUAUCUAUCCGCCAUUCAAAUUUACACCAACAAAUCCUCUCCCACUCUCAGGAAUACAGGAGAGGAUUCUGAUCUGGCAGAAUGUGAAAGUGAGUCUUGGAGUGAUGAUAGUGAGAGUGAUAAACUCUCUGGGACUCUAAGCAACCACUCUUGCAAGAUUUGGGAUACCACUUCUCCAGAUUCAAAUUUUGACCAGGAUGGUUCGAGCCCAUUGAGAGAUCGCCUUGGUUCUCUCUACCUUCAGUACUAUGAAAUGCGUUCGCCGUACUGGAGGAUUCCACUGACUGAGAAAAUCACUGACCUCGCACAAAAUUGUUUGGGACUCCUGACAUUGAAGAGCAUCGAUCUCUCUCCGGCAAGUUGGAUGGCCAUUGCUUGGUAUCCUAUUUAUCACAUUCCAACUAAAGGAAACGUGAAGGAGUUGUCAACAUGCUUCCUCACUUACCACACAUUGUCCUCAUCUUUCCAAGAUGCUGCAUUGGAGAACUAUGAAGACAUUGGAAAAGACAUUCCUUGUUCUGGAGUAGUAGAAGAAAUAUUAGGAUGUAAAUCUAAAGGGAAGGAAAGUGAUGGAGUUUCACUUCCCCCCUUCGGGCUAGCUACUUACAAGAUGCAAGGGGAUCUCUGGAUGAAGCCCGACACAUCUGAUCAUGAAAGGCUGAUGUAUCUUCAUAGUGCUGCUGAUUCCUGGCUGAAGCAGCUCAGUGUCCAGCACCACGACUUCAGCUAUUUUACUUCGCACUGUACCAUGGAUAUUGGUACGUCUUUGUAAAUUCUUGCACCCUUUGGUUCUGUCCGCUGCUCUGGUGACUGCCAUUUGAAGAGACUCCCACUGCAGUAAUGAACAUAUUUAGAAACCGAGAGCUGCGUUUUUUGAUAGCCAUGGACAUGUAGUUCCAAAGUAACAGUUCACUCCAUAGAGUUCUUUUUCCCUUUACGUUGGAGAGUGAGGAAACUUGAAAUUUUGGUGGUAUUUUUGCAUGAACUCUAGCUUGUAUUACUUGUAUAUAUCUUUUAUAUAUCCUUUUUCAGUGAGAUGCUGGCUUAAUUGUUAAUUUACGGCCUUUACGCCGCCCUUCAGCUACGUAUAUAUUAGAUAAUAUUGCCAGUCAUAAAUUGUUAGUAACACUGUAAUUUAAACCUUCUAUGGUGUUGUGAAUACAGGCUGUUUCAUUAAAA